AUGGACAACGACACAUCAACAUGCUCUAUCAGAAGCAGCAGUGUGAAAGUUCAAAAAAUCUUUGAUUAAUAUAUGGCUUAAAUAGCUCCUUUGCCUAACCUUUAAAAUUCUACCAACAAGGAAAAUUCAUUUUCAAUCUCAAACGAUUAGCGAUCUAAUUAUCACACAAGAAUUUAAACGCCCGACAAGACAACUUAAAGAAGCAACUCAUAAAUAUAAGCUUUACAAGCCCUAUAAAAAAAAAAUAUUGAACUUAAAACAGAAAAUGAUAGUUUGAAAGAGCAGUUAAAAAACUAUUAAAAUUAAUAAAGCACUAUUAAUGAAAUCAAUUCAAUUUAUUAAAAUCUAUAAUAGCAGUAUGUUGUUUUGGAUUCAGAUCAUAAAUAAUUGUUACAAUCCUAUGAACUAUAGCUAAAUCAAUUAAAAUAAGAAAAGGAUUAAUGCAUCGACCAACUCAAUCGAUAAUAUAAAUUAUAAUUAGAAGAAAUGAAAUAAUAAAUGCAAUUUCAAAAUGAACGAUUUAAGAACAUAGAAGUUUGCAGGAGUGAUUAAGAUGGUCUACUUUAGAGUACUCUCGAUGAAUUAAGAAAAGAGAGAUAAAUGCUUAAUAAACUAAAAUUGGAUCAGAGAUUAUUAUUGGAAGAUAAUGAAUAAUAGUAUGAAAAACAAUUACAGUAUUAAUAAAAACUAUAUCAAGAAAUGAAAAACCAAAACAAUAUAUUGAUGAAAGAAAAGUAAGAUUAGUAGGAAUAAAUAAAGGAACUAGAAAAAACUUAUAAGGAUCUUGUACAUCAUUAAAAACUAGAGAUCUAAAAGCUGUAAAAAUAAUAUACAGAUAUAAAGAGCUUCUUCGAAUCUUAAAUGUAAUAAGUGCAAGAAGAAGUAUCGUGUGCAAUGCAAGAAUUGAGAAAUAAAAACAGUGAUUAUCAUCAAUAGUUGUAGGAAGAAGAACAAAUAAUAGAAGAUUUAGAAGAUUUAAAUAAACAGUUAAAAUAAUAACUCCUCUUUAAAGAUCAGGAGUUAAUAAAUUUGAAAUCUUAAUUAGAAUAAUUGUAAAUUCAACAGGAACAAUUAAAAUAGAUGAACGAUGAACUCAUAAAUUAAUUUAACCUUUAAAUUUAAGAUUUGUCUUAAAAAUUAGAAGGAGAGAGAAGAAAUUAUGAGGAAGAAUCUGAAUUAAAUGAUGAUGAUAAGAAAGAAAUUUAUCAUGCUUUACAUAAUGACAAGACAUUGUAAUUAACUACAUCUCAUUCAUAAAAUGAUUUGGUUCCUUAGUAGUAACCAUAAACAUCAACUAGAGAUGUUGAAUAUAAAUUGUUGCUUUCCUAAAUAAUCGAAGUAGAAAAAGAAGCAUUUCGAUUAAAUAAUCAUUACUAAACAUUAUUUUAGUAGUUCUCUAAGAAUACUUAAUUAUCUGAAUAGCAAAAAUAGAACAUAAAAUAGGAGAUGACAGAUUUAAUGUAGUAAAUAAGAAUGAAUAAUUCAAAAUUAUAUGAACUUAAAGCAAAGGAAUUUACCUACUUAUCUUGA